AGGGGGAGGCGAACACGGAGAGGAGGACACCGAAGGAGGGGGGACAGAGAGAAAGAGUGAGAGUGUAUGAGAGAGGGUUUCAAAGGGGACUAUUUCCACAGAAAGGAGCUCAUUGGUGUGUCAAGUGGUGGAACCGUGGAAGACGAGGAAGACAAUAACCGUUCCAUCGGAUUCACAUAACGUUCGGUUCAGCUCAAUCAGGUUGUUUGGACAAGACUGAAGAUGUCUGGACAAAGCAUAACGGAUAGGAUAACUGCAGCCCAACAUAGUGUCACCGGUUCUGCGGUAUCCAAAACGGUGUGCAAGGCAACCACGCACGAAAUUAUGGGGCCAAAAAAGAAACAUUUGGAUUACCUGAUUCAGUGCACCAAUGAGAUGAACGUGAAUAUCCCCCAGCUUGCCGACACGCUGUUCGAGAGGACCGCCAACACCAGCUGGGUUGUCGUCUUCAAGUCUCUCAUCGCAACACACCACCUCAUGGUCUACGGCAAUGAGAGGUUUAUACAGUACCUGGCCUCAAGAAACACAUUAUUUAACCUCAGUAACUUCUUGGACAAAAGUGGGUUACAAGGCUAUGACAUGUCCACCUUCAUCCGAAGGUAUAGUCGCUACCUGAACGAGAAGGCAGUGUCCUACCGCCAGGUCGCUUUUGACUUCACGAAAGUAAAACGAGGGUCGGACGGUGUCAUGAGGACGAUGAACACAGAGAAGCUCCUGAAGACCAUCCCCAUCAUCCAGAAUCAGAUGGACGCUCUUCUGGACUUCAAUGUCAAUGCCAAUGAACUCACCAAUGGGGUCAUCAAUGCUGCCUUCAUGCUUCUGUUCAAAGAUGCCAUACGACUGUUUGCUGCCUACAACGAAGGGAUCAUCAACCUGCUCGAGAAGUAUUUUGAUAUGAAGAAAACUCAGUGUAAAGAGGGCCUUGACAUUUACAAGAAAUUCCUCACGCGAAUGACUAGGAUCUCAGAAUUUCUCAAAGUUGCAGAGCAAGUGGGCAUCGACCGCGGUGACAUCCCAGAUCUAUCCCAGGCACCCAGCAGCCUUCUGGACGCUCUAGAGCAGCACCUGGCUUCCUUAGAGGGCAAGAAAGUCAAGGAUUCCACAGCAGCAAGCAGAGCUAGCACUCUGUCCAACGCAGUGUCGUCGCUGGCCAACACGGGCAUCUCCUUCACCAAAGUGGACGAGAGGGAAAAGCAGGCCGCCCUGGAGGAGGAGCAGGCACGCCUCAAAGCACUGAAGCAGGAACAGCGUCUCAAGGAACUGUCCAAGAAGCCGGUAGCAGCUGCGGGGUCCUCCUCCGCCACCACGGCCGCCUCGCCUGUGUCCACCGGGGAAAUCGGUGGCAUCAGCACCGCCCCCGCCAUCGACCUCUUCUCCACGCCCAGCUCCACCAACAGCACUUCAAAGAUGCAGAGUGACCUCCUGGACCUGCAGCCAACAUUUCAGCCGACGCUGCCUCUCUCCACAGGCCUGCCUGCAGCCAACACCUGGGGGGAUCCUUUCACGUCCUCUGACGCUGUCGAUGACUCCAUUCCAAACUUAAACCCUUUCCUUACAAACGCUGUUGUCGAUGAUUUCCAUCUACCUGUUGUGUCUUCAGACGGUGUUAGUUUUUCUUCUAGGACGCCCAGUCAUGAAAUGUUUGGUGAUUUUUACAAUCCCUUUAGUGACUCGAGCUCUACUGUUGCACCCAAUCCUGAGAGCACAGGUGGGAUAGAGCUGAGUAUCUCAGACUCCUUCUGUGGUCCAGCACCUCCUUACCCUAACACUCUCUUCCACUCUGAGCCCUCUGCAAUAGCUGGUCUAUUUGGAGGGUUCUCAGCGUCUCCUGCCCCACCACCACAGACCUCAAGAGGCCUUAACGUUGACUUCGACUCUGUGUUUGGCAAUCAGUCGACCGCCGCCGUAAACAGCACAGAGGCUGCUGCUGACGAUGUGUUAGGUGGCAUCCUGAAACCCACAGUUGCCGCCUCCACCCUGAGCCUGACCCCCAGCUCCCAGCUGCCGGGCAAGCUGGUCUCCGAUGACCUGGACUCCUCCUUGGCCAACCUCGUGGGCAAUCUCGGAAUCGGUAAUGGAACAGCGAAAAAUGACCUUCACUGGAGUCAGCCGGGCGAGAAGAAAUUAACGGGUGGAAUGAACUGGCAACCAAAGAAUGCCCCUACAACCACAUGGAACCCGGCUACCAUGAAUGGCAUGCACUUCCCACAAUACGCGCCGUCUGUCAUGGCCUUCCCUGCAACGACGCCCACAGGAAUGAUGGGAUACGGAAUGCCAGCUCCAAUGGGCUCAGUGAGUAUGAUGACUCAGCCCACCAUGAUGUACAGCCAGCCGGUCAUGAGGCCGCCCAACCCCUUUGGCCCAGUCUCAGGCGCACAGCUGUCGGCUGCCUCUAGUCCGUCCAGUCAGAGUCCCCACAGACCUCCAGGACAGGACCCCCUUGCUCAGCUCUCUCUCCAGGAUUUCUUGUAGACCGCAACCUCUCUCUCUUAUAGAUGCAGUUCAUGUAAAAUCUGAAGUUGGAAGAAUCUUGACGGCAGUAAUUCUUGGAAAAAAAAGACCUUUAAAUCCAACUUAGUUUUCUGUUUGAUUUUCUCCUGACUAUAUCAUUUUCUGUAAAAAAAAAAAAAAAAAGCUUUUGAAGGAAUCAAACAUGGGAAUGAAGGAUAGGGUAGGGGAGGGAUGGGGGAAUCACACUUUGAGAAGCGCCGUCGGAUUUAGCGACGCUCAUUUUUGUAAUUUGUCUAACAAAGUUAACAGUGUGCACUGCUGUUGUCCAUCCCAUCCACACAUAAGGAGCGCUCUAUGGCCUCUGAAAAGACCCAAAAUGCCUGACAUGAUCUGAUGAUAUACAGUAUAGGAUGUGAUAUGAGGGGUUUAAGGAGACGUUUAGAUAAAUCAUAAAGUAGUUUGGUCACCACACUCAGUAAGGGGAAGGGGCUGGGUACACUUCACCAGGGGUGGGGGGUGAGUUACGUCUUCAUUUAAUUAUCAAUCCUGCAUUACCUGAUUUAACCAACCAUCAAUUAGGCAAAAAGCUAACUAUACGUUUAUACUAUGAUUUCUAUUCUAUUUUUAUUUUUUUAUGUUUUACGUUUGCAGUAGACAU